GAUCAGGCGGAAGGAAACAGCAGGAAGAGGAUUCUUCUUCUUCUGUUCCUGGAUGCAGUUUCUGCUCUGAUUAGCAGCUCAGAACUGAAAUUCUACUUGUUCUGUUUCUGAGCGGAACCAGCAGCUGCUGCUGACGGAGCUCCAGGAUGGGCUCGGCGGUGGAACGGACGGACAAACACGUCAGAGAGUACCUGAUCUACAGAGGCUUCACCGGGACGCUCAAACAGCUGGACAGCGACAUCAAAGCUGACAAGGAGAAAGGUUUCCGGGUGGAUAAAAUCAUCGAUCAGCUGCAGCAGCUGGUGCAGAGCUGCGACCUGCCGGGUCUGAAGGAGUACUGGCUCUAUCUGGACCGCCGCCUGUUCUGCAGACUGGAGGAUGUCUACCGGCCCACUGUGAACAAGCUGAGGACCAGCCUGUACCGCUACUAUGUCAUCAACACCAUCCAGAAAGGGAACGUGGAGAAGACCCAGGAGUUCUUCCAGAAACAGGCGCUGGAGCUGCAGGCUCAGGCCGAGUGGCGCGACUGGUUCGUCCUGCCUUUCAUCCCGGCUCCUGAGCAGAACCCGGCCUUCGCCCCGUACUUCUCCCGGCAGUGGGCCGACACCUUCCUGGUCUCCCUGCACAACUUCCUGUCCGUCCUCUUCCAGUGUGUCCCUCAGCCCGUCCUGCUGAGCUUUGAUGCUGAAGUCCAGAAGAUGACCAGCCUGAUGGAGGAGAAUGAACAGCAGCGCCAGAUGAUUUUCGCCCUGCAGACGGAGAGCAGGGAGCAGAAGGAUGGAGACCAGAUGGUCCAGCAUAAGCUGCCGCUGUAUGUCCAGAACAUGGACCGCCUGGGAGACACUGAGCUGGACUUGGUGUCGAGUCAGAGAUCCUCCAGCGCCUCCACCACCCCGUCCAGGAACUUCUUCUCCACAUUCCUGCCUCAAGGAAAACGCACUCCAGGGAAAGCAGCUCCUGUUACCCUGGGAUCCUCUCCAAGCCAGACAGCAGUGGGCAGAAAGGAGACCUCGCUCAGUCAGGCGAAGUCUAAAGACGUUUCUCAUCCUAAGGAGGCGAAGGCCUCCAGCCAAUCAGCAUCCAGUGAACAUCCCAGUUCUCAGUCUCUGCAGACAACAAACCCAAACUUCAGACACAAGAGAAUCCAGGAGCACGAGAAGGAGAGGAAGGAGCUCCUCUCCAGACCUCCCCUUCAGACAUCAGAGAGCAGAGGAGAGGAAGUGGAUCCUCCUCCUGCCAGGAGCGUCUCAGAGGAGCCUGCUGAUCCGUCCAGCAGAGAGGAGGUUCUGCCGGUGGAGCAGCCCUUCAUCAAGCUGAGUCAGGAGGAGUACGGAGAACACCACUCCUCCAUCAUGCACUGCAGGGUGGACAGUUCUGGUCGCCGGGUGGCCAGUCUGGAUGUGGACGGCGUCGUCAAGGUGUGGUCCUUCAACCCCAUGAUGCAGACCAAAGCCACCAUCAUGUCCAAGUCUCCUCUGCUGUGCCUGGAGUGGGCGACCAAACCAGACCGACUGUUGUUGCUAGGCAGCGGUGUCGGAACGGUGCGACUCUAUGAUACAGAAGCCAAGAAGAAUCUCUAUGAGAUGAACAUCAAUGAAACUCAUCCCAGAAUCUUGUCGUUAGCUUGCAGCCCCAGCGGUUCUUCCUUCGUCUGCUGCGCCGCCGCUCUCAGUCGCUCCGGAGGAGCCGACGCCGUCCCUCGGCUGCCCAUCCCAGUGUCGGGUCAGCUGCUCCUCUGGGACACCAAGACGGUCAAACAGCAGCUCCAGUUCUCUCUGGAACCAGAACCAGUAGCCAUCAACUGCACCGCCUUCAACCACAAUGGGAACCUGCUGGUAACGGGAGCUGCUGAUGGCGUCAUCAGACUCUUUGAUAUGCAGCGAUACGAGAGCGCCAUGAGCUGGAGAGCUCAUGACGGCGAGGUUUACAGCGUGGAGUUCAGCUACGACGAGAACACAGUGUUCAGUGUGGGAGAGGAUGGGAAGUUCAUCCAGUGGAACAUCCACCGCUGCGGCGUCAAGCAGUCAGAGCAGGUUCUACCGCAGGACGCCACGGGCCCCUUCGUCCUGUCCGGAUACAGCGGCUAUAAACAGGUCCAGGUCCCCAGGGGCCGACUGUUCGCCUUCGACUCUGAAGGACAACAUGUCCUGACCUGUUCCAGCGCCGGAGGACUCGUCUACAGACUGACGGGUGAAGAGCCGGCCCUGGAGCGAGUGCUGUCGCUGGGCGGACACAGAGCCCCGGUGGUGACGGUGGAUUGGUCCUCGGCGGUGGACUGCGGCACCUGCCUCACGGCCUCCAUGGACGGGAAGAUCAAACUGAGCACGCUGCUGGCGCAGAAGUCCUAACUGAUCCGGUCUGACUCCUGUUUCAGGCUCCAACCAUUAAAAGCUGAUCCGGUCUGACUCCUGUUUCAGGCUCCAACCAUUAAAAUCGGAUCUAGUCUGACUCCUGUUUCAGGCUCCAACCAUUAAAAGCUGAUCCGGUCUGACUCCUGUUUCAGGCUCCAACCAUUAAAAGCUGAUCCAGUCUGACUCCUGUUUCAGGCUCCAACCAUUAAAAUCUGAUCCAGUCUGACUCCUGUUUCAGGCUCCAACCAUUAAAAGCUGAUCCAGUCUGACCCUGAAGGCUCAUUUAUUCUCCUGGUGACGUACCAAAGGUUUCCUCCAAUCCUAAUCUUUCUGUCUGAGGUGAUUGACAGAUUUAAUGUCCAAUCAUCAUUAGCAGGAUGCAGCUGAAGAUUCUCAUCCAGAAAAGUUUAAAA